AUGGCCAUGCUGCGAGUGUCUUCCUACCGAAAGCUGUUCGAGGAUGAACGCUGGAGUCGGAAUGGAGGGUCGAGUGCGCAGUGUGCGGGGGGGUACCGGGCCUCCGUCAGGGGGGCCUCCAUAGAUGAGUGUGACUGUGACAACUUAGACUUUGUAGCUGCGAAGGCGCUCAACAAAGAGGGUCUGAGCCGGUUUGUCCAGGACAGAAACGUCAUCGGUGCCCUGAACGACCGCCUGGUCCGGGUUAUUGAGCUGGCUCAUUGUUUUGAGGAGGAGAACGAGUCUCUUGAAUGUCAGAUAGUUGAUCUGGAGGAGCAGCUGAGCAGGCGGCAGGCCUCCAGCAGCUCCUCCUCUGUGGUCCUGCCUCACUUCAGUCUAGAUGCUGUGGUGGAGAGGCUGCGCAGGGAGAGGGACGAGAUCCUGUGUGACACCGAGGAGCGGCAGAAAGAGCUGGAGCGUCUGGUGACAGAGUAUGAGAAGGCCGCUCAGCAGAGGAACCUCCUGCAGCAGGACCGGCAAGAUGUCGCUGAGGAUGUCGAUGCUGUGACAGCAGAGUGUUUGGCGCUGAGGGAGCAAGUGGCUAUCUACGAGGAGCAGCUGGCCAACAUGGAGGCCCAGCACAAGACGGCGGUGGAGAGCAUGCUGGAGCCAGAUGAAGGGACGACAGGAGCGAUGAGAGCUAUUACAUUUGGCGUCCCUGACAUCACUGCGGCCCUGGAUGUGAAGGAGUACUACUGCCAGCUGGCUGAGAGCCUCCAGUUUGAGUGCGGUGCAGCAUCCUCUGCUGUGGUUCCCCGUGGUGAUGGAAAACAACUGCAAGUGGGAGGAGCUACAGGGUCAACGGUGAAAGACCUGUCAAAGAUGAAGGACGUCAGUGAAGUGAAGAAGCUGAUUGCAGAGCUACAAAAGGAGCUCGCUGUGCUUGAGAAGUGUAACGAGGAGCUGGAGGACGAGGUUGAGAUGAAGAAGGCUGCGUACAUGGACGAGAUCGCUGAGUUAGAGGGUACUUUGGAUGAAAUGCGGCAGCAGGAGGAAGACUUCCAGGUGCAGAUGAAGGAGCAGUGUGAGGACUACAAAGAGCUGCUCAGCGAGAAGAUGGCCCGAGACAUGGAAAUAACCGCCUACAGGAGUCUGUUGGAAGAAGAGGAGUGCCUGUGUGGCCAGUGACUCGAGAGUCAGACUGGAUGCUCCCUCUCACAUGGAUUAGAAAACAAACCAAAGAGAACCGUGAAACACACACUUGGAUGAAGCUUAAGGUACCAACACAGCAAUUAAAAUAGAACUUAUCGCAACAGAUUAAUGCCGUCUGGAGGCCUGAGCCGGGCGGUGAUAACAGGUCGCUGGCAGAUGACCUCGAGACUCCAAGAAAGAUGGAGCUGUCUAAAAGAGGUGGGAGGAUGGGGGCCGGGCGAUGAGUGUGUAUCCAUUCAGUGUCUGUCUGAGAUAUUUCCUUAAGUGGGUUUUAUCUCUACCAGCUCCCUGAUAUGAUUCAUAAAAGUGUUGUCUCCUCUUUGAAGAACGAUCUCCACACAAACACACACACACAAGUUUAACUGUGCGGCUCCGUGAAGUCAUCCCUCCUCUGAUACCACCUCGUCCAUCACCCAAACUCUGUCUGAUUACCGGCUCUUAACCUUUGACCCCUUCACUGUUAACAAACAUAUCGACAGCUCUACUUUUGGUACUUAAAAGCCUCCGACCUUUCCUUUUGCUUUUACAGUCAUGCAUUCGUGUUUAGUUUUACUUAUAACUGACAGUCAAGUCUUUAGCACACUGUUUGCUUUUCAAAUGGUUCAUGACGCUUUUUCUGCUUUUACACAAAGAGCACCUGGAUGUUUCUACAAGGAAAGCCGGUGUGAUUCAUUAUUCCUCCUUUGAAAAUCAAUGUCCCAAUUUGCUGUCGUUUCAGAUAUAAGCAUCUGCAUUCCUCUGUAAUCUUUUCCUUAUUUUCUACACGACUUUUCAAGCUGUCUGUGAUAAAUCAUUUUUUCUUUACGCUUCUGCCCAA